UCUGCCAUUCAGAGAGAGGGAAAUGGGAGAUGGCGCUGGAUAAAAUCUUCCUUCUCUGCUGGAUUUGCUGCAGCUCAGUGUGUUCUGCACCAAUGGUAUCAGUUCCUUCAUCUCACAAAGCACUUCUGGGUUCUACAGCUUCUCUCCCUUGUACCUUCCCACCAGUUGACCACUCAGUGUUGUCCAUUAUCUGGAUCUUCAGAGACAAAGAGAUUCUUAGGUACAACAAGACUCUGACCAUCUCCCAACCCCGACUGACUCUGGAUGUUCAGACAAUAGAGGAAGGGAUUGUGUCUCUGUCAGUCUCCAAUGUAAUUGUCUCUGAUGAAGGAACCUACACGUGUAGAGUGAGUUAUGGUUUAAAACAAGAACAAGGGGUGAAAUUAGAAGUUAGAGCUGUUCCCAUGAUAAAGAUAAGUAGAUCUGAGGAGAACCUCUACUGCUCAGUGAGUGGGUUCUACCCUGUGGAUAUAGGGGUAUCUUGGCUCAGAGAUGGGGAGCCCAUACCUCAUUCCUCUAAUAUAGACAAAGACUUAAGACCAUGGAGCAAUGCAGAUGGUACAUACACACUGAACAACUCACUGAGUGUUACCCCUGGAGGUGGCCAGAAUGAUGGGACUUACUCCUGCCAAGUUGAACACAAGUCUCUGCCAAAGCCUCUUCUCAAGGAUCUCCAGUUGGUGUAUAGUGAUUGUGUUCCAGACAACGAGGGGAAAUAUUCUGCAGGGAACAUUGCGGGGGCCAUAUUUCUCACCAUUCUGCUGACCAUGGCCGGGAUCAGUGCGGGGCUCUGGUUUCUCAUUUACAAGAAGAAAUAUUUCCAGAGAUUCCGGGUGAGUCACAUACACAGGAGUCAGAUGUUGGAUGGGGAGAAGGUGACUCUGUACUGUGUGGCCUCUGACUGCCCUAAGGACCCCCAGGUGAUAUGGACAGUGGAGAAGAAUGAUGGGAAGAAGAUGGAGAUAACAGAGGAUGAGCCCCAGGCAGAAGGAGAAGGGAAUAUGUUGCUGGGUCAGGAAUUCUCUGUAAGAACAGACAGAACAAAGACAGACGGGAGACACAAUGUCACCUCCUCCCUCAGCUUCACCCCUGAAGCAUCAAAGAUCAAGAAGAUGUCUGUGUUCUGCAAGUUUGUCUGUGAUGGAAGAGCCAAAGAGGAAAGACUAGACUGUUCCUUUAUCUUAUUAAAGCCCAAGGAUUCCAUGAAGUUUUCCCUGAGUGAGUCAGGAGAGGUUCUGAGCUGUCUGACCCUGAGGGAGUUUUACCCCAGAGACAUCCAGAUCAGAUGGAGCUGUGGAGUUGGACACUACCAACAACUGGAGUCCAAUGAAACAUUUACUCUCAAUCCUAAUUCCACCUUUAAUAUUGAGAGUGAGUGUAAGCUCCCAGGACAUCUCUUCAAAGAUCCAGGAUUCAAAGUGCGAGUGACCUGGAACCACCGAUCCAGUGAUGGGGAGGAGUCCAGGGAAUUCUCUGCAACUGAUCCAGAAUUCCCCUGGUGCCCACAGAUGGAAGAGAUAAUAAAUCCUGAUACCCUGAUACACAGCAAAGAGGGCAAAUUCCAGUGUAAGAUCUGGGGGUAUUUCCCUGAUGCUCUGGAGGUGAAAUGGUUGAGGAGAGAAGCAGGAGGGCAGGAAUUAUUCUCAGUGUGUCCCAGUGAGAAAUACAAGAUCCCAGAGAUGGAGCAGAAGAGAGAAGCUGAUGGGACCUUCUCCUGCACAGUCAGUCUCAUUGUCUCUGUGUCACUAACAACUGAGCAGGGGGCGGAGUUUAUCUGCCGGGUGGGACACCCCAGUCUGGGGGAACCCCUAGAGAGAAGCACCAGGGCCCUCAGUGUGAGAGGGGACCCAGUUGUGACAAACAUUAUACAGAAGGACAGACACAUCAUCAUGGAAAUAGAUCAGUUCUACCCACAGAACAUUGAGAUUACCUGGUACAAAGCUGUGGGGAAGCAGAAGGAUUAUAAUCAGAGGUCUGAUGUACAGAAUAAACUAUUUCCAAACAGUGACGGCUCCUACAGACUCACCAGUGUAUGUGAGGGAAUUGAUCUUGUGGAUAAGAUGAAUCCAUCUGAUUUGUACUUCACUGCUCGGGUGCAACAUGAGACACUAAACUCUCCAAUACAGAGGGAUUUCCUACGGGAGAAAGGAGUCUAUUAUCUGCUGUCAGAGGGAAAGAAACUAAAUCCAUUGCCUAAAUGUUAAGAUACAUCUCCCAGCAAUUCUACACACACAGGAAAAACACCAACCCCAACACCCCAGUGAAUGAGCAGCAGAAUGUAGGAAAUGCCCCUGGGGAAGGAAAGAGCAAUGGAAAGAAAGACUGAUAUUUAUUCCCUAAGAACAAUCCCCAGUGACACAGCGGUUGGUUUGGGACACAAAGUGUUGGACUCGUGGGUUUGGUUGGUACCAGUGAUGGGGCAACAGAAUGUAGGAAAUGCCCCUGGGGAAGGACAUAAACUAGCUAAACAUAAACUCUGCAGAUGAGGCUUUGUGUUUCUCUUGAUGGACUCAGACUCAGAUGAUAGAGAAACUGUAAUCAUCUCCUAAGACUUAUGGCUCACACUUUCUUUUCCACUUGGAGACACAUGUGGAGUUUGUGAUACUUGCCAUUGACUAUAAUAAUCCAUUAGCAGAGCUACAGCUAGGUAGAAGAACACUAAUACUGAGUACUAAUAUCAAUGUCCACAAAAUGGUGCCUCCUUGAUGUAAUUGUGAAUUUAAAGGUUAAAAGAAACAAGAUUGAAAUAGUUUAUAUAGUGGGAUGUUUUCGAUGCCUGGCUAACACAAAAAAAUAGGAUUUGGAAUUAUUUCAUAGGGUGCAACAAGAUUAUUAUUUUUUUUCUUUAAAAUUUUUAUUGGUUUUCAUUGUAACAAAUAAAUGCAAUAAAGUACAACAUGUAUUAAUCUUGUAGAUAGAGAAGGAGGAACAGUUAAUGGGAAGGGGGGAGAGAAGAGGAGGGGGAAGAAAGUUUAAGGGGAGAGUUAGAUAUUAUAACUACAGUAUAUCAUUACCAGAUGACAUCACAUCCAUUGCAUUGCUUAAGUAGUUCCAGACUCAGUGGAGUUAGACUCGGGUUGGGUCUCCUCUAGGUAUGGUUGCCACCCGGCCGGUAUUUUACCGGCCUUGCCGGUUAAACACUUGCCAAGGCCGGGCCGGUAUUACAAAUUUACCGGCAAUGUAGUUGCCGGUAAAUUGUAAUACCCUUAAGAAAAGCCCUUGGCCUUUGGUGGAAACUUACCUUUUUCUUCAUCCUCUCUGCAUAUUGUGAUAUGGCUCCACCCCUUUUUGCAUCAAACUCCAUUGUCUCCGCCCCUUUUUUGUCACAAUCCGCCUCUUUAGUUCCCACCCCCACCACUGGCUGGUACGUUUUUUUUUUUAAAAGGUGGCAACCCUACCUCUAGGUGUCGGGCCCACGGAUACCACUCCAGCUCCCCCUCAUAGCUCCUGUCUAGAAGACUUCUGAUAAAUUCCAUUGCUCGGAUCCAGUUUACUUUGGUUAUCAGUGAUUGUCGACCAGGCAAAUGUGGCCGUUUCCAAUUUGCUGCUAGAAGAGAUCUUGCUGAUGUUAGGAUGUGUGUGACUAAUUUAUGGGAUAGUUUGGAAUUAAUGGUCUCAAUUUUCAUGCCCAAAAGAAAUGUGUGCGGAGUUGCUGGAAUAGUGUUCUUUAGAACCUCGGAGAGCAGAGAGGCUACCAUCUUCCAGAAUUCCUGGGCCACUGUGCAUGACCACCAUGUGUAUAAAAAAGAUCCUUGUUCACCACAUCCGCUAAAGCAGGUGGUGUGUUCCAGAUCACCACUAAAUUUACUUAUGUUGGAGUGUUUUAUAUGCUCUUUCACUAGAGGUUGCGCAUACAGAUUUCUUUUGGCAGUUUCCCAGAUAUAUGACCAUGUCUUAUCUGAUAUUGGAAGAUCUAAGUCUGUUUCCCAUAUUGUCAUGUAGGAUUGGUGCAUAUCAGUGGUAUCUGAUGACAUUUGGCUAUAUAAUAAUGAUAUCAAAUGUGUUGGAUAUGAGCGUUGGAUAUGCUAGUUGUAUGGGUGCUGAGAAAUGAUUCUCAAUUAUUUCCCAGGAUUCCUCUGUAGGAGCAUGCAUGUGAAUCAUGACCUCUAAUCUACUUGCUAGAUAGUAUCUGUAUAUAUUUGGGACUCCCAAUCCCCCUAAUGCUUUCGGCUUGGUCAUAAUUGUCACUUUAAUUCUGGGUCUCUUCCUUCCCCAGAUAAAAUCUGAAAUAUCCCUUUGAAGUGAGAGUGCUAUUUUUCCAGUGAAGUUAAUUGGUAGAGUUCUGAAGAGGUAUAGAAGUCGGGGUAAUAGUUUCAUCUUCACAGACACUAUUUUGCGAACCAGGAAAGGGAGUAGGUAUGCCAGAUAGAUAGAUCUUUUUUAACUUUG